CUCAUGCGCUGGCUGAGUUAAAAACUGCUGGAGCGCCCAGAGAACAAAGAGUCGGCUGUGGGGCUCUGCUGAACACUUCUCGGGCUUUUGAGCACCAGCUGUGGAUAUUUGAGUCGAGGUCUGCUGAUCGGUAACUGACUAUGGACUGCUCAGGGCUGUUGCUGCUGCUGGUGGUGCUCAGCCUCAGAGGAACAUUCAGUGCUGUGGUGAAAUGGAUGGAGUUAGAUGAAGCAAAGGCUUACUUGAAGCAGUAUGGCUACCUGAAUGACCCCGCUGACCCACAGGACCCUCAUUAUCUGGAGGAGAUCAUUGAAGCUCUCAGGGUCUUCCAGCGGGCGAAUGAUCUGCCACCUUCUGGAGAAAUCGAUGAAGCCACCUUGGAAGUGAUGAGACAACCCCGCUGUGGUGUUGAGGAUCCCUUCAACAAGAAAUUUCACAAGUACAGAGUGCUAGGUCGUUGGGGGAAAAAGACUCUGACCUACCGCAUCUACAGGGACACCACUGACAUGACCAAGUCAGACAUCAGGGCGGCCAUCCGCUCUGCAUUCAAGUACUGGAGUGAUGUGGCAGCUUUGACCUUCAGAGAGGUCGACUACGGCAGAGCAGACAUAAAGAUCUCCUUCCAUAAGAGAGAUGGCUACUGUCCUGUCCCGUUUGAUGGCCGAGGUCAUGUGCUGGCUCAUGCUGAGUCACCACCAUCUGGUAUUGUCCAUUUUGAUGAUGAUGAGUUCUGGACUGAGGGAACAUAUUAUGGUACUAAUCUGCGUAUUGUAGCUGCCCAUGAAAUAGGCCAUGCCCUGGGCCUGGGUCACUCCCAGUUCAGAAGCGCUCUGAUGGCACCAGUCUACACCGGUUACCGUGCCAACUUCAGGCUGCACUCGGAUGAUGUGAAAGGCAUCCAGGCGUUAUAUGGUAAACGCAUCACCAGCACACUAUCCAGUCCAACAACUCCACACAGCCUGUUUCCCACAGAAAGCAGCCAUGGGACUGAAAACAUCCCUGAUCCCUGCACGGCCACACUGGAUGCCAUUAUGUUGGGUCCUUGGAGGAAAACUUUUGCUUUUAGUGGUGAUUAUGUCUGGACCAUCUCUGAUCUGGGACAUAACACACCCAUAAAAGUCGACCGGCUGUGGAGGGGACUCCCUGGAAACCUGAACGCUGCAGUGCACUCUCAAAAAACCAACAAGACAUACUUUUUUAAAGGUAAUAAAGUGUGGAAAUACACCGGGUUCAUGCUGGACUAUGGCUACCCCAAACCUCUGAAACGGAUCCCUCCUAACAUUGAUGCAGCCUUGUACCUGCAGAUAAACAAGAAGCUGGUCUUCAUUAAGGGUUCAGAACACUGGCAGUGGGAUGAGCUGAAGUACAACGACUUAACUUUCUACCCCAAACCGCUCAGCAUGCUCUUCUCCGGAGUGCCAUCCACUCCUGACGCUGCCUUCACCUGGACCAAUGACAAGAUCUACAUCUUCAAGGGGGAUCAGUACUGGAGAGUGAAUGAGCUGCUCAGAACAGAGAGCGGAUAUCCUCUGAGCAAGAGGGAACGUUGGAUGCGGUGCUAGUGUUUGACCAGUAGGAGGCAGCAGGUACCAGGAGGUCUGACCAUAGGGGGGGAUGCUGGUUCCACUCCAGGGGCAUUGACAACCACACAACCUCAACAGUAGAAACACAUUGUGAAUUAUCACUCACCACAUCUGGAAAAACUAGUGUAAGACUUGUCAUUUCAUUUCACUGGACCUGAGGACAACCGUGCUACCCGUACCCUCCAGAGCAGGCUCAUAUGUGUGAGGCUGUUUUUGUAGUGUGUAUGUGUUUCUGUGACUGCCGUAUUAUGCAAGCUUUUAUAUGAUCUCGGGGAGAAAUCAAGGCCUUGUUUUCUUUUUCUUCAACAUAUGUGUUGGAUUAUGUGUCGUAAUACUUUCAGUAAGAUGUAAUAUGGUGAUGGGAGUGUGCACUUUCUGUUCAGUUUAGUGUAACCAACUCCUUAUUCAGUGCACAUUUCCAUUAUGUCAUGAAUCACACUGGUCAACAUACAUUUGUGUCCGGAUUUUCAAUAACAAAUGUAACAUUUUCUACAAAUAAACAAGACACAGAAUGAA